AUGGCGGGCUCGGCAGUAGACAUUGUUGCCAAGCCUGUGGCAGCAUUGCGAGCCCCAAAGUCGAAAGAUCUCGACUCAGAUGCGCUGCCUACUGGGCCGGGUGAACCGCAUCCAGCAUCUUCUCCUCCGGCACAAGCUUCUCAGGUCUCCGUCCCUCAAGACAAUGGUAGCCGCGGUUCUGGCCGUGGUUGCAUGUCUACAAGCACUACAGUGGCCCUCGGGGUAGCCUCAGGAGUGGGAUCCUUUUUCCACAACUUCGCCAAGGGCAAUCUGAUCGACAUGCUCCUCGCGUUCACCGAAGGUAUGCGCAAUGCACCCCGGCUAUACGGUGGCAAGGUGGCCAACCACGGGCCCGCCACUGGCUGGAAAUCCGGCUUCGUGGAGUCGGGCAAGAACUUUGGGACUGGCAUAGGGCAGGGGGUCGCCGGCGUGGUGCAGGAGCCCGUGCGGGGCGCACAGCAGGAUGGCGCCGUGGGUGCCAUCAAGGGGAUAGGGAGGGGGCUCCUCGGUCUGGGCACUGGUGUCUCGGCCGCGGCUAUGGGCAUCGUCGCGUAUCCCGGCUGGGGGGUAUAUCAGAGCAUCGACCGCUCUCUGCAUACUAAAACGCGCGACCGGAUCGUGGCUGCCCGCAAGGCCGAGGACAAUGAUGUGAUUGGCAGGAUGAAGGACCCCGAUUUGGAACGUCGUGUCGUGGAACGUUUUGAUGCUUAUUUCCAACGGGGGAAUUGA